AUGUUCAGAGCUUUGGGCAGGGAUGCCCCGAAGCCGGUUCGAGGGGAGUUCCGCUUCCACCGCCAGAAAUAUUUGCUCGAUUUUAAAAGGUUGUUGUUGGUGCCGGAAAAGGAGUCGUUGGAGGAGGGGCAAAUGUCGACGUAUUACAAGGACUUGCCGGUGCUCUUGGGGGUAGAGGUGGUAUCGAUGGAGGCGCUAGUAACCCUUGAUACAACGGAGAAGAGAGCUGGUGGGAUGGAGAACGACGUGGUACUAGAGGCAACGCUUGAUACAACGGAAAAGAGUGCAUGUGGGAUGGAGAACGACGUGGUACUGGACGUUGCAGGAGUGUUAACAUUUGACGUUGAAGUACUCGAUCUGGUACCCGAGCUUGCUAGAGUGAUAGAAGUGGAGGUGGGAGUAGGAGAAACGGUCCUGGAGCUUGCUGGAGUGUUAAGCCUGGAGGCAGGAGUAGCCGACGUGAUCUCGAAGCUUGUCGGACUGCUAAGCAUCAACGAGGAAGAGGCUGAUCUGGCACCGGAGCUUGCUGGAGCGCUGGCCUCCGACAUUGGAGUAUUCGAUGUGGUCUUAGAGCUUACUGGAGUGCUAAGCUCCAAAGUGGUCCUCGAGCUUGCAGGAGUGCUGACUUGA